CUCUCUCUACUCAAAAACACCAACAGUGAGGCUUGUUUUCUGCAUGCGCGUCGAUUGGCUUUGAAAUCAACCUCACAUCCUAUAAAUCUCGCCUGCCUCAUCCUUCGAACGUGACAAGUCGACAACCAUAGGGUACUCAUCUGUUCGACGACAAUCACUCAAGCUAGCCUUGCAGAAGCUGUUCCAUUCCCAGAGUAGAUUCAAUAUGCAGCUCACGUUUGCCGUCCCCGCACUCCUCGCCGCGGGCUUCGUCGCGGCGAUCGACUUCACCGACUACGACCCGCAGCCCGGCGUCCAGCCCGAAUUCAAGGCCUUUCUCAACGCCCUCGUCACCCCCGCCGAGAACCCCACCGCCACGACAGAGUACACGGACUUCUUCACGCCGGACGGAAUGCAGACGACCCUGAGCAUCCACUGCGUCGGCGCCGAGGCCAUCACCCGGUGCAAGCAGCGAUUUCUGCCCACGGACGGGAGCAUGACCUUGACACACUUCCCCAACACGACCUUCAUCGCGGACAACAACGCGACCGCGACGGUGUACGAGGCACACGGUCGUAUCGAGAACAAUUUCAAGGCGGGCAACUGCUCGCAGAUCUACUACAAGACCCAGUACACGGUCCUGAAGACGGUCAAGUCUGUCGACGCGGCGCCCAACCUGUCGACGACCCCGGAGCAGCAGGUGUACUGGUACCACGACUACUUUGUCAACCCUACCGGCGUGCCGUCCGAUAUCCCAUGUGACAGUCUGAAGGCCUAGAAAGGCGGUAUUAUAGUUGCCCCAAGCUAUUGUCCAUCGUAUUUGCCAUUGAUGCUCGAAGUACUCUUUGAACCUGUUCAGCUCGUUGUCUCGUGGUUCUACUGUCCACCGUCGCAAUUAGAAAUACGUCAUGCACUGCUUCCUCGGUAUUUGCCUUGUACCCAAGGUUAGGCCCCUCGAGGAGACUCAACCAUGCAUUCCAAAGAAUCUCUUUGGAUCUGAUGCUCAUCUCUUUCAGCGUCCUGUGGUUCAGACGAAGUUCCAAAACUCGUCGCUGUUGCUGAGGAUCUUGUGUCGGACUAUCCCCAUGCCCGUUGUCAUCAUGAUGCACUAUACCCUGCCAGAGUAGAUGUGCCAUUGCUUCCU